GGAGUGUGUCUCCAGAAAUGGCAGAUAGUUUCAGGCUGAAGACAUCAGAGAAAUUUUCCAGUCUCAUAUUCAGGAUGUUUGAUAGGUGAAAACUCAUCAACAAAUUGAUUAUGGUGGAUUUCCCUAAAAAAAAUCUCACUUUUUGACCAUUGCUCAUACAAUACACUACAAUUCUUGUUAAAAGCCAAAGAAAGUAGACGUUUUCGCGACAUUGUAUAUACAUUCUUGGUUUGUUCAUGAAUCUGCAAUUUAGUAUGUGUGUUUCAGGAAUCACUUGGGUCAAAUAAGGACUGUUGCCCUCUAUAUUGCUCUCACCUGUUUAUCAGCAGAAAAUCUGCCGCUCAAAUACAGAGCCCUAGUCUGUGCAGCGGCAAGUGCUUCUGGAUCCAUCACCAGGUCUUCUCUCAGAUCUUUAUUAGAGGAUGUCAGCCAGGUUCCUGCAGUCAUUCAGGAGGAAGAGGUGUUUGGUGACGUUGAAGAGGCAGUGAAGUCUUGUUUUUGUGGGGUGCUGACCUCCACUGUAAGCAGGGAGCACGUGAUAUCAUGGCUGCAGAGUGAGCCUUGUCUGUUGCUAUGGCUACCUGUGCUGUAUCGUUUGGUCAUAAGUCAGAAGGUUGUUCACACUGUCCGCUGUCAUAUCUGCAAGACAUUUCCCAUAAGUGGACUCAGGUAUCGCUGUGUGAAGUGUCUGAAGGUCCAUGUGUGUCAGAGUUGCUUCUUAUCAGAGCAACAGACAAACAAACACAAGAGUCACCACUCAGUGAUUGAGUUCUGUACACCGCCCACCUGGCGGGAGUCUUUCUCCUCAUUUGUCCACAGUGCUCGGCAUUACCUGUUACCACGUCGAUAUAUUCAAGGAGAUGAAAGGAGAAAGGGUCUAAUGAGGGAAGAGAGAAGGAAUAGUCAGAGGAGCGGUCCACAUUUGGGGGACAAUCCUGAAGAAGGUGGAGGCACCACCUCUGCUGAAUGUGUUUCCCAUGAUUCCUCUGGGCAAUUUAAGUCUUCAUCUAAAUCACUGCAGACUGAUGAGAUGCUGGUGGAACAGUUGGAGAUGUCCACUUUGCUUGCUGAAGUCAGGGACCUCCACAGAGAUAAACGGCUACUGGAAGAUCAACUGGAGGUAUGUCGUCUCACAUUCCAGUCAGAACAGGGAGCGCUAAAGGAACGAUGCGCCGAGAUGGAGGUUACCAUGGAAUCAGUCAGGGAACACAACUUGUGUCUCCAGGCGACUCUCACUCAGCUGGAGUUCCAAUGUGCCAGUGAUAAGACACGAGACCAGAAUGAGAUAGACAACGCAGCAAAUACGGAUAAAGGAAAGAUGACACCAACUUCUGACGUGGAGACUUGCGUGGAGGAAGUAUUAAAUAUUGAAGAAGAAAUUCUGUUAAAGACCGAUGAUGAGUGGAGCGAGAUGGAGGAAAGUCCACCCCCGACAAUGGACCAGGACAUUGCUUGGUCACAUAACAUCCACUAUGAGGAGGUAGAUUGUGCGGCUAACAGACUUCAAUCGAUACAACAAGAGGACAUCCUCAAAGAGGUGGACACGUGUACAGGUGAUGAACAAGAUCAUGGAACUUAUAGUCCAGAAGAGUUGCUACAGCAGAAUGUGGACCAACUGCUAAGUGUUUUAGGUGCACACAGUAGUAAGGAUACACAAUCAGGUGACAACAAGGAGUUUGUUCUAAUUGAUGCUGCAGAACAGAUUGGAGACUCUUUACUUUACCUUGUGGAUGCUGUGAGACAAGUUCCAAGAGAAAAGGGGAUUUACACCGCGGCAGAACAUGUGUCAUACAGACUUUAAUGUUUACAUGCAUAUCCAUUUUCUCACAGCAGUGUCAAAAAUAUUUUUCCAUCCAUGAAGGAAAUUUCAAUUUGGUUUUAUAUUUUUUUCUUUUGAGACCUGUCUUGCGUUAACAAAAUUCUGUUGUGAAUAAAUGAGCAGUCAAAAUAGAUUUUUCAAAUUUAUUUUCAAAUGUUGUUGUAGUAGUAACAAAUGCCCUACUUUGUAGUCUUUUCACAGCCACGUCUUUGCUGAGAUCUCCCUCGUCGGAGAACUGGCUCUGAAGGGGAUAAGGGUACAGAGUCCCUUUG